AUGCAGCUCACCAAAGUGCUCGCCAUCGCCGCCGUCGCCGCCAUGAUGUGCUUCGCUCCUGCCACCGCCAGCGUGGACGUUAAGGAGAACUCGCCCGAGGAGCGUCAGCUCUACUACGUGCGCACGCCGAUCACCAAGAGUCCGUACAACCGACUGAUCGACUGA